GUCAGGUCCAGCCUUAGGAUAACAUAUUGACCCAUAGGUACAUCAUGUGCCUUGCUAUGCCUUGCUCGCUUCUAGGUACCUCAAUGCGUGCAUAUAGAUUGAUUAAGUGACUGCCAAAGGUACCUACACAUGACAUUGUUUGUUGUUCACCAUGCCACUCUCACUGUCAGAAUAUCCACGCAACCUAGCUGCAUUCCACACACAAUACACCAUACGCAGCUAUCUAUUUCCUCGCUCCUACGAAAUGUGGUAAUGCACAUUCUUUUUAUCAUUUCUCCAUCAACGUAGACGGCCACGAUAUGGCAGCCUCCCUCAGGCCAACAGCCCAUUCAUCAGCUAAGGACCGCAGCCAGGAUUUGGACGUCAACUUUCAAGAUAACAUUCGACCAUCACCACAAGUUUUGAUUACGCCUGCCUCCUCGAGAGAAGAGUCCUUAAAGUCAGAAUCUCCGCUACAAUCUCCGUCUCGACGCGUCCUCUUCUCCUACCGUCAUGUAUUUUUUAUCUUCAGAAAAUCCGCAGCAUCAUUAUCGUCCCUGGUCCUACAGAAAAACGCUCCUGAACUCAAGGCCAAGUCCGCUACCAUGGCGACUACUCAGCCCAAAUCUAUUAUGUCCCUGAAGUUUGAUCGCUUGAAGGACAAGUGGCGUGACUUCGAGAGAAGGUCCUCCCCUAGAGGAUGUCGUUGCGCCGGCUACAUUUUCCUUGUCAUCAUGCUUCUUAUUCUUGCUUCUGUCAUAGUUGGUUGGUAUGGCUUGUCGAAGGACACAUUGGCCCACCUGCAUCAAACAGUCACCACCGAUCUUCCUCAAACAACGCCCACGGUCGUAGACUAUCACGAUUCCUACUGGCCGACUCAGACUCCAACGCAAGGACCAUGGUACCUAUUCCAUGAGGGUGUUACAAUAGCCCCUACUGUACCUCCAGCUCAUCAUGUCGCGGCAGAACUGGACCCGAAGACAUCCUUUGAUGAAACCAACAAAGUGACUGUCGUAAGGACUAUAAUUAUUACUGUCACAAGUAUCAUCACAGACACAUCGCUGAAGACCUUGACGACCACUGUAAUUCUAUCUACUUGUACGACAUGUAUUACAACACCUACGGUCGAUGCAAGUACCGACACCAAAGACUCACAGAAACAUACGACCGGUAUCAUGACUGGCAUCAUGUACUGCUCGUUCACGGGGCGUCGAAAUAUCUAUACCCUAUGUCCACUUGUACACACCGAUUCCCCGGGCAUGCUAACGGGGGCACCACUUGUGGUCUCCUCCGCGACGCCAAUGGUCACGAACCCGUUUAGCGCGGUCCGACUAGCCGCCGUGUCACUCUGGAACUCAAUUCCUAGCCUAUCGAGAGUGAUGCAGACGAAGGAUCAACAAAGAUAUGAUUGCGAGUGUGCCGGGAUGAGAAAGAAGCUGGAUGCGGCUGUGAAGCUCAUACGCAUUCAGCAGAAGCUCCUCGAUAGCCAGCGGAUCCUGAUCAACGACCACAGAAAGGGUCUCUCAAUGGUCUUGGAGACGGUGGCGAACAUGACGGCUGUGAAGGUCGGCAAGAAGACCUCCAGGGAUACGCCACCUCUGAAUCUAAAUAUUUGACUUUUGAACCUCAGCCUGGCUGAUCGACGUAGCGAGGCUCAUCAGUGUUUGUAUGGAGUGUACACAAAGGCCCAGUUUGGAUUGAAAAAUUUGGCUGAGUGUAAAGCAGAAGAUGACUGGGCUGAUAGUUGUGCUGGAUAAGAGUUGGAACCGUCAGACACUCAUACGCCAACACCACCAGCUAGCAGAUGUGAGGUAUUUUACAUUUUGCCCUGGUCGGUAUGUCCAAGUAUGAGUCGACUGAGUUUUGAAACCUCUGGGAUUCACAUGGUAUGGUCACUCUAGCCUGUAGUCAUAGACGAGUCUAUUGGACUCAUUCUGUAUAGACAUAGGGUUGUGACACUCAACUCUACCUACAGAUGGUGGUAGAGGUGGGUUGACCAAGAGUCUUAUUGUGAGUCUCAUAUUGAGCAACUAAGCUGGAGUGUAGCAGAUUUAGGUAUCUGUCAAAAAAAUCUUUUUUCUCA